AUGGCAGUAGUGGACGCAGAAUACUGCUUUAUAUCUAUCGACGUAGGUGCAUAUGGACGAGAAGCUGAUUCCACUGUUUUUAAAGAAUGUCCCUUCGGUAAACUUUUAUAUUCGGAACAACUUGGCUUACCGGCACCGGUUUGUUUGCCAAAUACCAGUGACAACCCUCAGCCAUAUGUAGUAAUUGGAGAUGAAGCAUUUGGUCUACAUAAAAAUUUAUUAAGACCUUUUCCGGGACGUGGUAUUGAUCGAAGAAAAAGGAUUUUUAACUAUAGGUUGUCAAGAGCAAGAAGGUAUGUAGAGUGUUCUUUUGGCAUACUGGCAAAUAAAUGGCGAGUUUUACAUACAGCAAUAAAUGUAGAACCGGAUUUUGCCGAUAUUAUUGUUAAAGCUUGUUGUAUACUUCACAAUUUUGUCAGAAGGAGAGACGGUGUCAAUUUUGAAGAUACGCUAAGCAAUAGCUUAGAUAAUUUAGAAGUACAUCAGAAUGAUACUGGAGGUCGUUCACAAGGCAAAGAUGUGAGGGACUAUUUUGCAAAUUAUUUUUUAGAGGCUGGAUCUGUUCCAUUUCAAUAUAGAUUUGUAUAA